AUGCCUGCAACAGAUAUUCAUCCCAACAGCCUAGGCACCGUUCACCAGCAGUCGGACGUCGCGGAAGCUGAGACUUGGAUAGAUGCAACUGAGCAAUUUGCAGAACACUGCGCCCAAACCGUCACAAAGUUGCUUGGAGAAUCGUCCCUUUACUUCGAACAGCCCGCCUUCGCCACCCCACAAAUCCAGUUAACCAAAUUCGUUGAGCGACUCCUUCGCCAAACGCACACGCCCCUUUCGAUCGCCGUCGCCACACUUACAGUCAUCAAUUGGAUCACUGAGCAUGGCUUGUGCCCCCUUGCCUCCUCUUCGCCCCAUCAUCUCUUCAUGGGAACAUAUCGGGCCGUUCUGCACUCUGCAUUAGACAUGCGCGACGUCGAUGCGGAAUGGGUCAAAUUUGCCGGAGACCUUGUGCCUCUGGCAGAAGUCACUCAGAUGAGAGAAGAGGUUGACAUGAUGCUGCAGACGCUAAGCGAACGUCGCUGGGCUGUCCUCAGCGAUUUAGUCAGUGAGGACGUCCACAAUACCGUUAAUGUCCUUUACAACGCCGAACUUCUACAAGCGAAUGAGCAACAGCGUGAGGCGGAAGAAUUUCUUCUCAUGGAAGAGGAAUCGGUUCGCUCUGGCUUCUUAGUGUACGAGCGCGACCCGAGCUCUGACAGUCCGAAGUAUGACUCCGAUGAUUCUGACGAUUGGUCUGAUGGGAAAGACUAUGUCAGCCGCCGAGACCAGAACUUAUCUUGGGCAGAUGCCUUCGACGAAUUACCUCGCGAAUCGAAGGGCUAG